UCAGUAUAACUGAAACAAUGUGUUGCUGUUGUUUCUUAUCGACAACAGAAUCUUCAGAUCAUUAGGUGGUUCCCCAGUACUGCUGAUGACCUCUGCCACCAU